AUGGGUUCUACCGAAGACUCAACAAGUGACGAAGGAAAAGUAAGUGCAAAUCAAAACAAUACAUGCGAUGAUGAUGAGCAAGAGACGAAACUUCAAGAAAAAUUUGAAUAUGCGCUUCAAAGUCAAGAAUUAUUGCGACAAAGUUUCAAAUCGUCGAUAUCUGGAUUAUCAGCCGACAAUAUCAUUAAGCUGUUGAAAGAACUGUAUGAAUUCCAAAUGAAAUCGGACGAAAUUGAAAAAUCAAUUCGAAAAAUCGAACAGGAUAUUCACGAUGGUAUCAAUGACGAACCCGACGAUUGGCGAGAACAUUUAAACCAAAUAACAAAUCAUCAUGACGAUGGCAUAAAUGCAAAAAUUGAACAAUUAACAAAAGACAUUGAUGAACAGAAAUUGAAACUACAAGAAAUUAAUAAUCACAAUAAGAAAUUAUCAUGUCCUCUAUUGAACGUCAUAUAUACACCUACGAGUGAUCAUUCACAAUCUUAUCCUGCCAGUCCGAAUAGUUUCCACAGGUCAUCGUCGAACAGCUCACGAUCAAUAUCAUCUUUGCUUAUCAGACAAAUGAGUCCUGCAGUACUCGACUUGAAUAACGAUGAAAACGAUUCGGAGAACGAAGAGGAGCCUAUUGAUCCGAAUAAAAGACCGCAGAUUGACACAAAAAUUCAUCUUGCUAAUAACAUCGUUAGUUGUUUACGUGGUCCUUUCAAAAUCGUCGCGACAGGUCCGCUGUCAUUAGCUGAUGCUUUGGCAAAAGGGCGACGAGUUCAAGAAACAAUUAUCGAGGCAGUUCGACGAAAAGCCACUGAACAACAACCAACAGAUCAUUCAAUCAAAACGCCGUUUAUCGAAAUCACAUCAGAUUGGAAAUACGAAGGUGUAAACGAAGAUGCAGGAUUUAAUAGUCCGUCGAUAUGGAUGCGUAAUCCCAAAGGUCGACGAGUUUUAGUUAAAACACAAGAUCUUCCAAUAUGUGCUGCAAAUGAAUGGUUAGCUUAUGCCAUCGGACUGCAAAUCGGCCUUCCGAUCAAUGAAGUACAAAUCGCUGUUCACGAAGAGAAACUCGUUACUUUACACGUAGAUGUUGCGCAUGACGAUGAAAAAUGUGUUACAUUUCUCCACUUACCAAAACAGAGAAGAAAAAAACUUUUGACUGAUCCAAUCUUGGGUAGCAUGUAUCUAUUCGAUCAUAUAAUACAAAAUGUUGAUCGAAAUGCUCGAAAUAUUUUAAUUACAAUCCCGAAGUCAGCUGAUAUCGAAGAUGAAACAACGCUGUUCAAACUUCAUCUUAUCGAUCAUGCUCUGUGCUUUGGUA